AUGGGUGAAGGAAAGGAAGUGAUACAAGUUGGGACGUGUAAAUGGUUUAAUGUUUUGAAAGGUUAUGGUUUUAUUACACCUGAUGAAGGUGGUGAUGAUGUAUUUGUCCAUCAGUCUGAAUUAAAUAUGGAUGGUUUUCGAAGUUUGGAUGCCGGUGAACGUGUUCGUUUUGUGAUUCGAAGACGGCCAGAAGGUAACGAGGCAACGGCUGUUGUAAGUGCAGAACCUGGUGGGAAGCUGAAAGGAAGUUCUAUCAGGCCUCUUGGGAAGUAUAAGUCGCAUGCUAUAAGAUGUUUUAAAUGUGGUCAUUACGGGAAUCAUACAGCAGCGAAAUGUAAAACAUCGCUUGGAGCUGAGAAAGCGUGCUAUGGAUGUCAUUCAACCGAUCAUCUGAUUACUGACUGCCCACAAAAAGUAAAUUUUAAGAACGGCAACAAAACAAGGAAAAACGAAGGAUAUGAUAAGAAUGAGGAAGAGGCAAAAGUAGAGAGCAAUGAACAAGUGCAGUCAAAGAUGAAAAAAGAAAAGACUGGUUCGAAGAUGAAGGAAAUCACCAAUGACAAAGAGGAUGCUAAUAGAGACAGUAACUGUUGA